GCUUUCUUUCCUUUUCCGGCUCCUGUUCUCCUCUUGGUCGUCAUGGCGGCGCCCGUCGUGCCGCUGCUUCUUUUUCCGCUCCUGCUCCUUUCUUGGCUUCUCCCGCCGGCGAGCGCCGUCUACGAGGACCAAGUGGGCAAGUUCGACUGGAGGCAGCAGUAUGUGGGAAAGCUCAAAUUCGCCUUUUUGGAAGCCUCCCCCGCUUCCAAGAAGCUGAUUGUGGCUACGGAGGAGAACGUGGUGGCUGCCCUGAACUCCCGCAGUGGUGAAAUCCUGUGGCGACAUGUGGACAAAGGGACUCCUGAAGGGGCAGUCGAUGCCAUGCUGAUCCACGGGCAAGAUGCCAUCACGGUUUCCAAUGGGGGUCGUAUCUUGCGGUCUUGGGAAACAAACAUUGGUGGCCUGAAUUGGGAGGUUUUGAUGGAUGCUGGCAGCUUCCAGAUGGCUAGUUUGGUGGGAGUCCAAGAAGCAGUGAAGUAUGUGGCCGUUUUGAAGAAAAGUUCCCUCCUUCUACAUUAUCUCUCCAACGGUUACCAAAAAUGGAUAGAACAUUUGCCAGAAAGCGACAUUGUCCAGUAUCAGCUGGUCUAUUCCCACGGAACAGGCGUAGUGCACGUUGUCGGAAUUUCUCCGCACAGCCACCUCAGUAUCCUGACUUUUAGCAUUGAGGAUGGUGAAAUGACGAGACAGAUCAGAGUGGCAGCUCCGUGGCUGAAGAAACUAGCUGGGACUUGCAACAUUGUCGAAGAAGGCAGGCUUGUGUGUGUGAACCCAGCCACCCAGUCCCUUUACACCUUGUCUCUGGAGGCAGAGGAGGAGAUGAAGGAGGUCCCACUGCAGUCUCUCGGCUUGGAAUUUGCGGACAUUUCCGAGGCCCGCAUCCUGUCCUCCCAGCCGAACCCAGCCAGAGCUCCCCGGCCUCAGUUCUUCCUGCGCCUGUCACCAACCCACUCCGCUCUCUUGCAAUAUCGGCACGGCGUCGUGAGCCUCCUUCGGAAUUUCCCGCAGGCCAGCCUUGUGACUUUCGCGACUACCGGUGAGAAGACGGUGACGGCUGUCCUUGCCUGCAAGGGCGAAGGGGAAGGCCUUUCUUGCCCCGCCCAGUCCUACACCAUCAACUUGUACCUGGCUGAAACUGGGCAGAGACUUCUGGACACCCUCAUCACCUUUACGCUGGAGAAAAGCAGCAUCAGGCCUGAGCAGCUCUUCAUUCAGGUCUUUUUAAAGAAGGACGACUCCGUUGGGUACCGCGCCUUGGUGCAAACGGAAGAUCACCUCCUCCUCUUCCUGCAACAGCCAGGAAAAAUUUGGUGGAGCCGGGAAGAAUCCCUGGCUGAGGUGGUUAGCCUGGAGAUGGUGGACCUGCCCUUGACGGGGGCCCAGGCAGAACUGGAGGGCGAAUUUGGGAAGAAAGCUGAUGGCCUCCUGGACAUGUUCUUCAAACGCCUGUCCUCUCAGCUCAUCCUGCUCCAGGCCUGGACCACUCAUCUCUGGAAGAUGUUCUAUGACGCCCGGAAGCCCCGGAGCCAGACCAGGAACGAGUUCAAUGUCGACAACUUAGCCCGGGAUGAGUUCAACCUGCAGAAGAUGAUUGUCAUCGCCACAGCCUCCGGGAAGCUUUUUGGAAUAGAGAGCAGCUCGGGGACCAUCUUAUGGAAGCAGUUCCUCCAGGAUGUGCGCCCCGGCUCUUCCUUCAAGCUGAUGGUUCAGAGGACGACGGCGCAUUUCCCCCACCCCCCACAAUGCACCCUGUUGGUCAAGGACAAGGAGUCGGGCCUCAGCAAACUCUACGUCUUCAACCCCAUCUUCGGCAAGUGGAGCCAGGUGACACCCCCGGAGCUGAGCCGCCCCAUCCUCCAGUCCAUCCUGCUUCCCAUCAUGGACCAGGAUUACGCCAAAGUGCUGCUCCUGAUUGACGACGAGUACAAGGUGACUGUCUUCCCGGCCACCAAGAACGUCCUGCGGCAGCUGGAAGAAAUAGCCCCCUCCGUCACUUUCUAUCUGGCAGAUGACCAACGGGGGAAGCUGAUGGGGCGGAGACUGAGAAGGGAUUUGGCCACUGAAGAGACCUGGGAUGUCACCAUCCCUCCUGAUCUGCAGCGGAUCGUGACGGUGAAAGGGAAGCGGUCCAACGAACACGUCCACUCUCAAGGCCGGGUGAUGGGUGACCGCAGUGUCCUGUAUAAGUCGCUGAAUCCCAACCUGCUGGCUGUAGUGACCGAGAGCACGGACACCCACCCGGAGCGCUCGUUCAUCGGAAUCUACUUGAUCGACGGCGUCACCGGCCGGAUCAUCCACUCCUCAGUGCAGAAGAAGGCCGAGGGGCCGGUUCACAUUGUCCAUUCGGAGAACUGGGUGGUGUACCUGUAUUGGAACGCCAAGGCCCGUCGGAACGAGUUCACGGUGCUGGAGCUGUACGAGGGCACCACGCAGUACAACGCCACGGCCUUCAGCUCCCUGGACCGGCCCUACUCGCCCCAGGUGCUCCAACAGUCCUACAUCUUCCCCUCCGCCAUCAGCGCCAUGGAAGCCACCAUCACCGAGCGGGGCGUCACAAGUCGCCAUCUGCUGAUCGGUCUUCCCUCAGGGGCCAUUUUGUCCCUCCCCAAGGCUUUGCUGGAUCCGCGGCGGCCGGAAGUCCCCACAGAGCAAACAAGGGAAGAAAACUUGAUCCCGUAUUCCCCGGAUGUGCAAAUCCACGCCGAGAGGUUCAUCAACUACAAUCAGACUAUCUCGCGAAUGAGGGGCAUUUACACAGCCCCGUCGGGCCUGGAGUCCACUUGUCUGGUGGUGGCUUAUGGGUUAGACAUCUACCAGACCAGAGUCUAUCCCUCCAAACAGUUCGACGUCCUCAAAGACGAUUACGAUUAUGUCUUGAUCAGCAGCGUGCUGUUCGGCCUGGUCUUUGCCACCAUGAUCACCAAGAGGCUGGCUCAGGUGAAGCUGCUGAACCGUGUCUGGCGGUAAUGGUUGAGAGAUUCACACAGAUCCACCCUUGAGGGCGGACGGCCGAGCCUUCCCGGUGGGUUGCAGCCUCAUUUGAAAGUGGGGGGGUACUGCCCCUUUUCCCCCUUGAGGAAGAGAGAACUGUGGAACCGUGCUGCCUCUUUGCCAACACCCGUCUCCAAUUCACUGCGGAAAACGAGAGAUUCCAGAAACGGGGAAGGGUCUGUGAAAUUAAGCUGCUUUGAAAAAUGUUUCUUCCCCCAGCCCCUAUCCCCAUCCUUCUAUGCCUGCAACUGCUUUUGCUGUUGAACUUUCUACGACGACCAUUUCGACUCCUGAAGCCGUGAUAAAACAUUGUCAUCCUUUUUUUCUUCCCCUUGAAAUUUUAGCUGAUUUGAGGAAUCCACCCGAUUUUCUUCUUUCUGUCCUCUUUCUCGGAUUUUCAACGGAAGAAAAUGGCUGGGGGGGGGGAGACGACAUGGGUGGGGGCAGUCUUUUGAGCAAAUGUGUGAAACAUAAGCUUAGAAAAUGCAGAAGAUGAAUUUGGGGAAAUGGAUAUAAACGGGGGGAAAAGAUGCCAAAGAUGGCUUCCAGGCCUGACAGGCCUCUCCCCCCCGGAUUUUCAAGGGCCAGCGAGAGCUCACUAGAUGCCACUGAAACUCCCUGUGUUACUCUCAUUGCAGGACACAAUCUUCUGAUCUAAGGGGGAGAACCCUGUCAGGCCUGGAAGCCAUCUUUGGCAAAAGACGGCUUCCAGGCCUGACAGUGAGCCUGUUCAAACUUUAGUGUCCCUAGCAAAGAAUUCAAAAGAGAGAUGAGCCUGUCUUUUCCCUGCAUUGAAUUUUUAAACUUCUUUCUUAAUUGGCUCUUUUUUUUCUCUCCUUUGUCUUAUAGUUUCCUAAUUUAUAUUGAAAUUUUUUUGCUCAGUCCAGAUUUGGGUUAUGGGAGUCCUUGAAGCUCAUUGAAAAAAAAGCAAGUUUGUCUUUCUAAAUGCAACAUUUUCCUGAAUGUGGUUUAUUCUUUUCACUUUACGGCAAGCAAGUGGCUUGCUAAGAGUCAUCUGUCGGUUCAUUUAUAUUUAUUCUGAGGUGGUUUUGGGUCGCGGUGGGCAGAGUCUAAAUCUGGAGUUUGCAGGAUAGAAAUUUCUGUUGGAAAAAUGUGAAGUCAAGACCUAUUCUCCCUGUAUCCAAAUCACACACAGCAGAAAUAAAAAAAAAUAACAGUG